AUGCCAGCCACCGCCCCGGAUCGCGGAGACGAGGCCAUCUCGGCCGUCGCCCAUGCCCUCUCUUCGGGCUCGACUGCUGCGGCGCUAAAAGGCGAGCUCGAGGGCUUGCAGCGCCACGCCAUCUCUUACGGCUUCGACGCAUCGCAGUGCCAAAGGCUCCUCAACCUCGCGCUCUGCGGCAGCAGCAGCAGGAAGAGGGCCGCGCUCAACCGCAAGCCGCCCAAGGCCAGCGCUGCCGCAUCCAUCCUCCGGUCCAUCGUGCCAGCACCCGGCACCAGGCUCGGCAGCGACCUGGUCUACGCCGUGCUCGCCUGCCUCGGGCCCAACCCUGGGACAAAGGUCGAGGCGGACGCCGGCAUAUCCACCGUCUCGCGGGACGAUCCCGUCGACGAAUCCUCGUCCAGCAAGAUCGGCCCGGAUCGAGUCAAGGUCGACAUUCGAGUCCAGGUUGCGGCCAUCAGGCUCUUAUGCGUGUUGCUCGACUCGCCUCCGGUGCCGCUCAACCUGGCAGCGACGCUGGAGCCAUCUGAAGAGGGCGCGGAGCCAAAGCAUCCGAGCGAGCUCGGCGGCGCUCUUCCGACCACGUACCUCACCCUGGCCGCCCGUGCCACGCUGCAGAGGUGCUACGGCGUGCUCUUCCACUUCCUCGACUACCAGGCUCUGAGACCCCACCUCUGCUACCUGCUGUGCAAGGUGACGAAGCGAAAGCACGUCAAGCACUACCGCAUCUCGAAGCUCAUGUCGCUGCGGGCCAACUUUGCCGCCGAGACGGGCCUCUCUGCCCUCUUGUCAGUGUACGCAAACUUCUACCCUGAUCUCCUCUUCCCCGAGCUCGUCGGCGGGUCUGGCAGUGCAUCGAGCGUGGGCUCCAACGGCGUGCCUGGCCUCAAGUUCCCCGACAACGAUUGGGUUGGACGCGUGCUGCGCUGUCAUGCCAGGCAUGCGCGCAGGGCCAACGGCGAAAAGCUCGAGUCCGACAACGAUGACGAUGACCAGGGCAAGGCGGCGGCCGGGGACCGGGCCAGGCCUGCCAAGCGAGCGCGCGUCUCGCUCGACGCGAGCACCAAGACGAGCACCGAGAUUGAGGCCUCGAAGCUGCCUCUGGCCGCGCUUCCCAACCUCGUCACGAUCCAGCCGCAGACGUCCCUCAACAAGACGCUCGGGACGUUGCCGUCGCUCAUCACGGAGCUGUCGUCGCUGCGGCACCUCGCUCACAGCCUGGAUCGGCUGACGCUGCCAUCGCAGGUGGCCGCGAUGCUGGCGCCGACUUUUGGGGCGCGGCUGACGCGGGUGGCCGUGCUGUCGGGUGCGACCAUCACCAACGACGUCUCGCUCAGCCAGGACGGAGCAGUGUCCGACGCCAAGGCCUCUGACUACUGCUGGGUGCGCCUCUCCGACUGGCUCGAGAGCGUGGUGCGCGACGAAGUCGGCCUGGGCCAAUCAAAGGCAGGCGCCGAAGGCGGACGCGAGCAGCCUGGGCUGGGGGGCGGAAACCGGAUACGGCUGCCCGCGAACCAGUCCGCCCAUAACCGCCUGGCGAGCCUGCUCCUGCGGGCCUUGCAGACGUUUGACGUCGCCAACGAGAUCCCGUCGCGCUUCGAGGAGACCAUCUGCCAAGUGCUGCGGGGCCUGGCCGACGUGGCCGCAGCGCCCUCGUCACCGUGGGACCGCGGUUGGGAUGCGCUGUGUGCAGAGAUCGUCUCGUUCGUCCCUCUACUGAAGCCCCGAUCCUGGAUUGUGUUCGACGAUCUCGUGAUCGGACCGCUGCGGCAGCUCUGCCUUGCGCCAGUCUUGGGUGAGACGGCGGUAGCCAACAUCGUCGAGGCGCUGGCCAAGAUGCUGCAGAGGUGGGCCAAGCGCGACUGGUCGCAGAUCGUACGGAGGCUCGACCGCAAAGCGAGCGUACGCUGGGGCAUCUCUGCGCUCGAUGAACAGGUCGACUACUUUGAGACCAUCUCGCACACGGCGGCGACGCUGGACGGCAUGGCGACCGAGGCGCUGCUGCGAUACCCGCGCUCGGUCGUCGUCGAGCACGCCGCGCUGUCCUGCUACGAGGUCCUGGCCGGGCCCCUGUGCGGCCUCCACGGCGUCUACAUGAUAUCCCCGCUGGCGUUCUACGCCUUUUCGUGCUGCGCCACGUCGCCGAUGCCGCUGUCGAGGCUGGCGGGCCUGAUGCAGCAGAUGCGGCGCUCGCACGAGGUGCACAAGGUACCGGCGCCCGGCAGGACCGCCGCCAAGCACGACCGCGUCCUCCGUACGCUCCAGGCCGACUACUUUGCAGGCGACCAGGCGGCAUCGCUCAACAAGGCCGUCACAGUGCUGGUCAACUUUAUCUGGAGGGGCAAGGCGUUUGACGAGGCUCUCGACAACGAUGCGCCUCGGCUUGGCUUUGAUGAGGACGUCAUCGCCGAGCUCAAGGCGCAAAGCCAGGAGAGGGGCCCGGGGCUGCAUCUCUCGUCGUCGAUCACGCACCACGCGUGCUUUGCCAACCUCUCUGACCGAUUCCUCAACGACUACUGCCGGCGACACGGUACCCCGCGGCGGCAGAAGGGCUGGAUCCGCGGGCCGGUGACGCCGCGACUGCUGCAACGGGCCAAGCAGCGCGGCAUCCCGGCCGACUGGACGUCGAAAGAGUACCGGCGGCAUCUGCUCGACUGGCUGGGCGAGGGCGGGAUGCGCGGCCUCGACGACUUUAUCAAGAACUCGCUGCGCAACUACCACGCUGCCCCACCGCCGCCGCCGCCCCAGCAGCCGCAGCCGCAGCCGCAGCCGCCGGCCGCCGGGAACGAGGCGUCGGUUACGAUGGACGUGUAG